AUGUUAACGCCGUUGCAGCAAAGAUAUAAUGGCACAACAGUGCACACAAUAGAUGUGAAGCUCUGUAUGUGGAACGUGACUGUCACAAACCGAAACACAAACAUCAAGCAAACCACAAAUAUGUCAAUAUUUGAAGCAGCAUCUUCAUGCUGUGAUCCUGUCAUGUUGGCUGGGCUUGUUAUGCUU